CGCAGGAUGCGGAAGCUUUUUAUGACGUGCCAGCAGCUAAUUGGGGUGGGAAAGGAGGGUGGUAAGGGAGGGAAACAUUGCACAAAGCUGCAGGGAACACAAACACUGCGGCAAGAACACGGCUUUGCGCACAGCUCGUACGCACGGGCGCGCGUGCGCGCAACGGAUAAAUACAGGCGACACGGGGAGCUAGAACUGGCAACGUUAGAACAAUACGAGAGAAAGUCUUUAUUUACCUUGUUGGUGGGUGUUGUGGGCGGUGAGGUUGGAGGGUGGGACAGUUUUAUGGUGGGCUAGAAUGUCCACAGCAAGACCUGGCAAGUGGGGGGGGGGGGGGGGGGGUACAACGGGGGGACAAGAACAAUUAGAAACAACAAUCGGGGAUUUAGCAGGAAGGGGCCUUAGGCGCAGGAUUGAGUAACUCGUAUUUAAGUAGAGAUUUACACUAAUGAAUAAAACAAUUCAAACAAACAAACACACACACACACCCACACACAUACUAAGUCGCACGGAGAGGAAACAAGCGUGGACGCGGGUGCCAAUACCACAAAAGCGCCCAUAACAAAAAAAAUGCGAAAAAUCGGGAGGUGCGUAAAGAGUGGCUCUUUUUCCUCAUUUGCCUCCUUAACGCACUGCUAGGACGUGCUAAGCUGGGUAAUAAAGGAAAGGAAAACACAAACACACACACACACUCGAGAACAAUUACACGGGAUAUAAGGGAGGGGGGGGGUGAAUUAAGGGAAUAGGCGUAGUAACAUAGCGAACGAAUCGAACCAGGAGAAAAGAAGGAGUGUAGAAAAAGGGGAAAGGGAAAGCAAUUAAGUAUAACUUAAGAAGAACAACUAAUGUGGUAGCAGCGAAUGAGGGAGAGAUUUGCAAAAAGAAACAAAAAACAAAAGAAGUGGAAAAAUAACAACCACAAUAGUAAAAGAAAGGUAAACAAACAUUAGAGAAAAAGGAGAAAAUCAAAUCAAUUAGAAAAUAAAACCGAGAAAAAGGCGAAACAAAGAUACAAAACUAAAACUAAAAACGACGUGGGAGCAAGAGAAACAUAAAGCCAUUUGAAACAGAACUCUCACUAUCUCUCUCUCUCUCUCUCUCUCUCUCUCUAUCUCAGUAGCGGUGUAGUGGUGUAGUAGUGCAACUGGGGUAGAGCCAACGGCAAGGGGAGAGCAGACGGGAAGAAGUGUUGUGUGUGUCUGAGGGGCGGGGCGCAAAUGGCGCGCGAAGGCGUUUAUUUAGUUCGUGUUGCGUUCUUCAAUUUAUGUGUCGCGUCUAAUUCGAGAUUUUUCCAGUCUAAGUCCGUAGCAGUACUAGUAGCAGUAGUAGCAGUAGUAGGCGAUGGAGAGAGGAGUGAUGGUGUGUUUGCGAUUGCAGAGCUGUAAUUAAGAGAAUCAAAAUUACAAAAAGAAGCAGAAUAAAAAAAAACACACACACAGUCCUUUUCUUUUGUAGUAGUUUUGCGCAAACAAAAAACGCGCUGGCGCGCGCGCCUCAGCAGUUACGUUUGCCGCAACAAACAAACAAACAAACCUACACACAGACACACACACAGUGAUACAAUAGCUGCUCUCUCGCUCUCUCUUGUAGGACAAAAGCAAGCAAGCAAAGCAAGCAAAAGAAAUCAACUAAAAUAAUUAGCUCAGCUACACACUCUCUCACACCGCAACCGUCGGGACCGACCGCCGUCGAACGGUUGACGGUGGAGGGGAGGGUGUUUAGCAAAACCAAACUCUAUUUAGUGCAAUUUUGUUGUGGGAGAAGGAAUAAGAAAAAAAAAGAGAGAACAAGAGGAGUAUGAAGAAGAAAAAAAGGGUGAAAAAGGAAGGGGUGUUCCGUUGUCCUGUGAAAAUCAAAACAAACAAACAAACAAAACCCAAAAGCAACAACAAAACAGCAACAACAACUCACAAAAGAGCGUUGUAGAUAUAGUUGAUCGUCGUUUCAUGAUAGUUUAUUCAGCAUUACUGAUAGAUUAGCUGGCUUACACUACUAAAAACAGUGAUUGUGAAUAAAACCCUAGAAUGAACUAAAAA